GCUGCUUACCCUCACCACUCUAUCCGUUCCCUCCACGGGCUCACUCUCAGGUAUCUAGACGGACCAAGGAAAAUAUCAGCAUAAGCGUAGAGUGGGUUCUUAAAAUGGUUGACAUCGUCAUGCAACAUUUUUCCUUUCUUCUUCAGACACAUCCAUCUCCAAACUCACAGAGCCUCCAGCCCCGAGACAAAAUGACGAACCACGUGCAACUUUACGUCUUCGGCGACCAAACUUUCCAACUCCAGCCCCAUCUCAAGCAUUUGCUGCGUGGGCGCAGCAAUCCUAUCCUCGCUGACUUUCUUGACAAAGCCUACCAGGCGGUGCGUGCAGAGCUAUACCGUCUCCCAACCACAACCCGUGAGGAUCUCCCUCGCUUCAGCAGCUUGGAGGACUUGGUUCUCUGGGAUCAGAAUGGGCCACGAUGCGUCCCACUCGACAUGGCCCUGACAUGUUUGUACCAGCUGGGGACAUUCAUCGAUCAAACCGCUCCGGAAGACUUCAACGCCAGCACAUCCCGCGUGCUUGGGCUCUGCACGGGUGCCCUGGCGGCAGCCGCUGUGAGCUGCAGUCGCAGCACGUCAGAGCUGGUGCCUUUGGCGGUUAAGGCUGUCAUUGCAGCUUUCCACACGGGACUAGUGGUUGCUGAUGUGACACAGCGGAUUGGACCUUCAUGCGAGGCAGACCAGAGCUGGUCGAUGAUUGUGCCUGGCUUACAUGCCGCGGAAGGGGUUGAAGAAUUUCGUCGCAACUCGACCCUUCCCUUGACCAGCCAGCCCUACGUGAGUGCCUACGCACCGAAUGGCAUAACUGUCAGCGGAACACCGUCCGUGCUCGCUCAGCUGCGUGCAUCGGAACCGUUUACAGGUCUCCGCUUCAAGGGCAUCCCGAUCUAUGGGCCAUACCAUGCACCACACCUCUACGCCCCCGCUGACAUACACAGCAUCAUCAAUGAGCUACCCUCAGAUAGCAUGGGGGUGACUGCACAGCUGCCUUCGCUGGGGGGGUCUAGGGAUCCCUCCGGGGAUGUAACAACUUUUUCAGCUCGUCUGGAAGAGGCCAUUGAGCAGAUCCUUUUGCACCCCAUCCGCUGGGCGAGAAUUCUCGACGAGCUGCAGGCCUCUUUGCAGCACAGUGCACCAGAUUCAUUCCGUGUCGUCUCCAUAGGCUCAACGGCGGAUCAACUGAUCUACACGGCUCUUAAGCAGACGCCACUUCGUUCGCUGGUCCCUUCUACCCAGACACCCAGCAGCACAGCGACACUGGCAUUAUCACCACCCCCUUCGGCCUCAAGUGGACGGCCCAAGCUUGCUAUCAUCGCCAUGUCCGGGCGCUACCCCAACGCACAAGAUAACGAGGCCUUCUGGUCCCUCCUCCACCAAGGACUGGACGUACACAAACCGGUGCCCGAGCUCCACUGGUCAGCUGACACCCACGUCGAUCCCAGUGGCAAGCGUAAGAACACCAGCGCCACUCCCUACGGCUGCUGGCUGGACGAUCCCGCCGCCUUCGAUGCACGCUUCUUCAAUAUCUCCCCACGUGAGGCACCCCAGAUCGAUCCAGCCCAGCGUCUGGCCCUAAUGACCGCAUACGAGGCGAUCGAGCAAGCCGGUCUCGUCCCUGACGCGACACCAUCCACCCGACGCGACCGUGUCGGUGUUUUCUACGGGGUCACCAGCAACGACUGGAUGGAGACCAACAGCGCGCAGAACAUCGACACCUAUUUCAUUCCCGGUGGCAACCGUGCCUUCAUUCCUGGCCGCAUUAACUAUUACUUCAAAUUCAGCGGCCCCAGUUACGCAGUUGAUACCGCGUGCUCGUCUAGUCUGGCGGGUAUCCAUCUGGCGUGCAACUCGCUCUGGCGUGGGGACAUCGACACUGCUAUUGCCGGCGGCACCAAUGUGCUGACGAACCCGGACUUCACCGCGGGUUUGGACCGUGGACACUUCUUGUCACGCACGGGCAACUGCAAGACAUUCGAUGAUGAAGCCGACGGAUAUUGCCGUGGGGAGGGAGUGGGCACGGUGAUUAUCAAGCGGCUGGAGGAUGCACUCGCAGAGAAAGACCCGAUCUUGGGGCUCAUUCUCGGGGCGGCGACGAAUCACUCCGCCGAGUCCGAGUCUAUCACUCGCCCACAUUCCGGGGCUCAGCGCGCCAUCUUCAACAAGAUUCUUAACCAGGGCGCUGUGGAUCCCUACACCGUGAGCUAUGUGGAGAUGCAUGGAACGGGAACCCAAGCCGGUGAUGCUGGAGAAAUGACCAGUGUUCUCGGUGCCUUUGCGCCCCCGUUAGACGAGGGCAAGGCCGCUCGCGGCAACGACCAACCACUCUACCUGGGUUCAGCCAAGGCCAAUAUCGGCCACGGCGAGGCUGCGUCGGGGGUAACCGGUCUGAUCAAGGUCCUCCUGAUGAUGCAGCAAGACACCAUCGUGCCUCACUGCGGUAUCAAGACUCGAGUCAACCGCAAGUUCCCGAUGGACUUGGCCCAGCGCAAUGUCAACAUCGCGAUGGUCCCCACGCCGUGGCCCCGGACUGCGACGCCCCGUCGCGCCUUCGUCAACAACUUCAGCGCGGCAGGCGGCAACUCCGCCCUACUGCUGGAAGAUGCUCCCGCCGUGUCGAGACCCGAUGGCGUCGAUCCGCGUAGCCUGCAUCUCGUGGCCGUCUCGGCCAAGGCGGGAAUCUCAUUGCAGGGUAAUCUCCGAGCACUGCUGGCAGUGCUGCAGAAGAACCCCUCCCUGCCGCUAAGCCAGCUGUCGUACACCACCACCGCCCGCCGCAUCCACCACGCGCAUCGGGCGAUGUUGGUUGGCGCAAGCACAGCGGACAUCUGCACGCAGAUUGAAGCGGCGCUCCGCGACAACACCGGGAUGACUCGGGCGAAGACUGCCGCGAAGGUGGUUUUCGCGUUCACGGGACAAGGGGCGCAGUACCCCGGGAUGGGACGCGAGCUGUGGGAGCAUUUCGGACUGUUCCGCAAAGAGCUGGGCCAGCUUGAUCGCCUGUCACAGAGUCUGGGCUUUCCCUCGGUCCUCCCAGUCAUCCUGUCCCAAGGCGAGGCGAACAUCGGGGCAUUUGCUCCUACAGAAGUGCAGCUGGCCAAUGUCUGUCUACAGAUCGCUUUGAGCCGGCUGUGGGCUUCGUGGGGUCUCAUGCCCACUGCGGUGGUGGGCCACAGUCUGGGCGAGUACGCUGCGCUGAAUGUUGCGGGCGUGCUCUCCGAUGCAGACACGAUUUAUCUCGUGGGUAAACGUGCCCAACUGCUGGAGUCCAAGUGCACGCGGGACACCCACGCUAUGCUGGUGGUGAAGGCAUCGGUUGCGGAGAUUGCCCAGGCGCUGCCGAAUGCGAGCUACGAGAUCACUUGCAUCAACUCGCCCGUCGAGACCGUGUUGGGCGGCUCCGUUGAAGCUGUGGCGGCCCUCAAGGAGCAACUGACAGCCACUGGACUGCCCUCGACCACCCUCAAGGUUCCGUACGCCUUCCAUUCGUCGCAAGUCGACCCAAUUCUACCCCAGUUCACCCGCGUGGCCCAAGCGGUCACCUUCGCAUCUCCUCGCAUCCCGGUCAUCCGGCCGCUGGACGGCCAGGUCAAUUCCGAUGGCCCCUUCAGCGCGGAAUACCUGACAGCACAUGCUCGCGAGCCCGUGAACAUGCUCCAAGCCCUCCAAACCGCCUCGCAGGCAGGUGUUCUUAAUGACCAAAGCAUCGUUCUUGAGAUCGGGCCCCAUCCUGCCAUCUCCGGGAUGGUGCGCGCGGUGCUUGGUAGUCAGAUGACGACCCUCGCCUCCGUCCAGCGAGCACGCUCAAUUUGGCAAACCCUGACCAACUCUUUGAAGACCCUCUACCAUGCUGGGGCCGAUAUCCGCUGGGCCGCAUACCAGCAGGACUUCCCCGUCUCACACGUCGUGCUCCCCCUACCGAACUACCGCUGGGACCUCAAGCCGUAUUGGCUACAGUACGUGAAUGACUGGUCGCUGCGCAAGGGUGAUCCUCCGUUGAUCGUCAACGGCGGACCACGCCUGGAGAGUACGACGAUCCACCGCGUGCUUCACGAGACGGGGGGCGACGCGCAGAAGACGAAGCUUGUUGUGGAAGCAGACAUCGCGCGCGAGGACCUCAGUCCUUUAGUGCAGGGCCACGAGGUGGACGGCAUCCCGCUUUGCACCCCGUCCGUGUACGCCGAUAUGGCGCUGAGCCUGGGCCGGUACCUGCUGGCGCGAUACCGUCCAACCCAAGAUAAGAACCUGGUCGACGUCGCCGAGAUGACCAUCUCCAAAGCGCUGAUCCUACGGCCGGGCGGCGCGCCGCAGCCCCUCCAGGCCCAUCUCGAGGUGGAUUGGGCGACGCAGUCGGCUGCUCUGAAAUUCAUGUCGUUUGACACCAAAGGUAAACUCGAGGAACACUCGCGCUGCAUCCUCCGCUUCACCGACCCGCACCAGCAACAAGCCCUCCUCCAAGCGAGCCUCCCCACCAUUCGCGCGAAGAUGCAACGCCUCCGCGACGGUAUCGCCGCCGAGACCACUGCGCGCUUCAACCGGCCGAUGGUCUACCGGAUGAUCCGGCCGCUGGCGCGCUUCCACGCGGAUUACCGCGCCAUUGACGAGGUGGUGCUCGACAGUCAGACUCUCGAAGCGUCGAGCCAGCUGAGCUUCGGAAGUGUGAAGCGCGGCGGGGAUUUCCAUACCCAUCCGGCCAUCAUCGAUGCCCUGACGCAGUCGUGCGGAUUCACGAUGAACUGCAACGACGCGACAGAUCUCGAUACCGAGGUGUUCAUGAAUCAUGGGUGGGGCUCCUUUCAGAUCUUUGAGGAGUUGAGCUUUGAGAAGGUGUAUACCACGUAUACACAGAUGAAGGAGGGAGAUGAUAAGUUGUGGCAUGGCGAUGUGGUGGUGAUGGAUGGAGAGAAGGUUGUCGCCUGGUUUGGCCAAAUUGCGAUUCAAGGCGUCCCCCGACGAGUGCUGAAGGUAAUUUUGUCGCUGCAGAGUGGGUCUCGAUCUACAGGGCAGCAGCAGCAGCAGUCGCGAGCGUCAGCGCCGGGGCCAAUUGCCAUGCCCUGCGUGCAGCAGCAGAAGCUACCUGCUGCCCCCCGUGCAAGCAAGUUCACUCAAGCCCUCGCGGUCAUCGCUGACGAGAGUGGCAUUGCUGUGACGGAACUCACUGACAGCACUGUCUUCGCCGAUGUAGGCAUCGACUCCCUCCUGGGAUUGACUAUCUCGGCGCGGUUCAAGGAAGAGCUGGAUUUGGACCUGGAAUUUAACGCCUUCUUCUUCGAGUACCCCACCGUGGGGGAUCUCAAGACCUUCCUCGGUGGUGGAGAUGGAAUCCUGACGCCUUCAUCCAGCCAAACAGCCGACGAGAGCGGGACAGCAACGCCUCUCAGUGACCUAACAUCGGGGGCCACUACCCCGCUUAGUGAGUCACUUGUGCUCCAGAAGCCCAAGGUCGACUUCUCGCAGGCGCUCGCCAUCAUUUCCGAGGAGAGCGGCGUGGAUGUGGCCGAGCUGACUGACGACACCAACUUCGCCGAUUCAGGUGUCGACUCCCUGCUGUCCCUGGUAAUUGUGAGCCGGUUCCGCGACGAGCUGCAGCUGGACAUCCAGCACGAGUCGCUGUUCCUGGAGUGUCCGACUGUAGCAGAUCUCCGAAUGCUGCUGGUGGGCACCAGCGAACAGCCGGACCCCAUGCCUACCCUCUUGCCUACUGUUGAUCCAGCGAAGCAAGCCGCCGAACUGGCCUUACGAAAACACGCUGUGGAUGCCCUCGUCGAGAAAUACACCGCUGGCUUCUCCAUCCCCAGCCCUUUGGCCACUGCUAGUACCUCUACCGGCACGGUAGUCCUCGUCACCGGUGCCACUGGCGGUCUUGGCGGCCAUCUCACGCACAUCCUCGCUCAAAUCCCCGAUGUGCAAACUGUCGUCUGCCUGAACCGCGCCAAUAAAGCCGAUCCCCUCACACGCCAACAAAGGGCCAUGCGGGAGAAAGGCAUCCGAUUCCCCGUCGACCUCCUCCCGAAGCUCCAGGUCUAUCAAACCGACACCGCCGCCCCCAAUCUGGGUCUGACCCCAGCCGUCUACGACCAGCUCGCGAGCACUGUCACGCACCUGAUCCAUAAUGCCUGGCCUAUGUCCGCAAAACGGCCGCUCGCCGGCUUUGAAUCGCAGUUCCAGGUUGCACGCAACCUGGUGGACUUUGCCUGCGCCGCCGUCGCCCGUCGCCCGGCCUCCUUCCGGUUUAAUUUUCAGAUGAUCUCCUCUAUCGGAGUGGUCGGAUGCUACAGCACUCCGACUCCCAGCCCCACUGGGCAAGGGGCCACGAUCCACGUUCCAGAAACCGACAUGGAGAUCGCUAGCGUCCUUCCCAACGGAUACAGCGAAGCCAAAUGGGGCUGUGAGCGCCUCCUCCAGCAGACCCUGCGCGCCCACCCGGAGCACUUCCGGCCCAUGGUCGUGCGCCUCGGCCAGAUUGCCGGCGCCAGCACCAGCGGGUACUGGAACCCGAUGGAGCACUUCGGAUUCCUCGUGAAAUCGUCGCAGACGCUCGGCGCGUUACCGGAUGUUGAUGGCUCGGUGUUCUGGACGCCCGUCAAUGAGAUCGCUGCCGCCGCGGCGGAGCUGGUGCUGGCGCCGCACGACCGAGAGGUCUAUCCCGUGUAUCACAUCGAGAACCCCGUCGGUCAGUCGUGGAAGGACAUGAAUCGGAUCCUCGCCUCCACGCUCAGCAUCCCCGAGAUGAUCCCAUUUACAGAGUGGGUGGCCCGGGUCCGGGCGGCGCCCCAACGGAACAACCCCGCGGCGACGCUGGUGGAUUUCUUGGAACAGACGUAUCUGCGGAUGUCGUGUGGUGGAUUGGUGUUGGAUACAAGCCGGGCAAUGGAGCAUUCCGAGAAGUUAAGAGGAGUCGGACCGGUCAGUGAGGAGGUGGUGCGGAAGUAUGUCCAUGUUUGGAGGGAGAUUGGGUUCUUGAAUUGAUCGUUUGGUAAGAUGUCAUAUAGAAGUACUUAAGACUGGAAUGUAUACACCUGCCCUUGGGUCUUUUGCGGUGGUAUAGAGAUGUAUGCUGUAGUAUGCAUAGAGCUUUCGUCCAACAGACAGACUGAUGACUGGUACACUUAGAAUUCCUGUCCACUCCACACUUAGUAGGGUGAAAGUUCCCUUGUCGACCACCUUGCUUCUGACAGGGAAGUAGGUGGUUUUCAACACGGGGAAAGAAGAGAAAAGGAAAGACACUUGGGGUUAUGUGCGGGCCGAUCAGUGAAUCAAAAAGAAAUCAUAAGGGAAGGAAAGAAAGAGAGGAAAGGUACGAGUCACACUGUACGGAAGAUAAACAACCAGGAACAGCCAAAUAUCAAACAAGGCAAACUAAUCAAACAAACAAGUCAAACACAAUCAAGAUAGGUGAUGCCG